CAAAUACACAUCUAUAUCUCAGGUCUCAAAAUGAAGACACAAAUAUUCCUUUUGGUUCUCUCCAUUUCUAUCCUUCCACUGGCCAUCUCUCACUCUAGCCUUCCUCCACUCAUCCGCCUCCCAACCAAGCCCGACUUAAACGAUUUUUUUACGAAUAUCUUAGACACCGCCGGCAACCCAGUGGUCGCCGGAGCCAAAUACUACGCCAUCCCAGCCCUCAUCGGCGUGGAAGGCGGCAUAAGCGUAACUAACCUCAACACUACAACAAACCCCUCCGCCUGCCCCACCGACGUAGUAAUAAACGUCACAUUAGCGGGCAACCAACCCCCCGCCGUGGGUCUUCCUUUAACUUUCUACCCUCUAAAGGACGAGGCCUACACCGCCGACGUCAUCUUAUCGCAGUACCCACUGAACGUGGCCUUUGACUCGCCGGACCCAUCGGAUCCCUGCGCUAAGGAGAAUGUUUGGAAGGUUAAUCAUCAUGAUGAGGCGACAAUAGUGACCGGUGGCGUUAUAGGCAAGGAGGAUGAUCUUGACAACUGGUUUAGGAUUCAGAACAAUAAUUUUAAUGGAAAAGGGUACCUUUUCAACUGGUGGCCAAGCCUUUGCCUUGGCUGCAGGAUUGGUUACUUUAAUAUUGGCACAGUCAGCGAUGGUUAUCAGCUGGGAAUCAACUUCAACGACGAAUCGCUAUAUCCUUUUGAAUUCGUAAAGGCUGAGUGAUCAAAGCCGUACGUUGUUGAACCAUCAAAAAUCUUGCAUUGCAUGCAAUAUGUAUUAAUACUUAACGUUUAAAUAAUGGCUUUGUUACCCCGUUAUGGAAAGCCUACUGCACAUGUAUCCCAUCAUUUCUGCAAUAUAAUAAAUUAAGUCCCUUUUCAUUUACAAAA